AUGGUCAUGGACGCAUUUCGCAAGGACAAAAACGACACCGAUAGUGCUCCCCUCCGACCGGUGUCCUCUCUUCUGUCUCAUUUCGAGAACCUCUCGCACCGCCGAUCCCCGUCUGCCCUGCCGUGCGGCCCGCGUGACUCUUCCUCCUUUCUAAGAACCUCCGACGGCGACGACUUCCGCUCCUCUCGGGCCUCGCUCGAUCUGCCGCGUCCACGCUCGCCUUGGAGUCAGUCCGAUGCUCAGAACGGUCAUACAAAUGGAUCCCUACCCCGUCAGACGACGGGCUCCGGACUCCGUCAGAACCGGCACAUGUCGAUGAACUUCCGCUCCUCGCCUCAAUUAGCGCCCACAUUGACCGUCGAGUCGCCGCGGUCUCCUCCCCGGGGUAUGGGGGCCUCGCUGGAUCGCACGGAGGAUAACUGGUCUUCUCGCACUCCCCCGAAGGCCUCUCGCGAGUCAUUACCCCCUAGAUCGACUCCUCCUCAGCCUCCCUCCCUCCACCGCCCAACCACCCCCACCUUCGCGUCCUCCGUCCCGACAGAACAGAAUAUUAUGCACCGGUCCCCUGGUGCUCCGGGGGGUUUAGGAGUCCCGCGCGACAGUCUGUCAGAGCGGAAGUUGAAGAGCGCGUCCUUGCCGCCGCCCGCAAACCGGGCCGCCAAACCCAAGAUCCCCGCCAAACCGGCCGGCCUGUCAUUUGGAGAUGGAAACACGCUGGCUCCGCAGCAUGAGCGAGCUCCCUCCGAGGAGCGCGGCGUUUCGCCUUUUAGCACUCCUCCCAGCAGUCCGGAGAAGACAUCGUCGAAACCCGCGCCUGCGCCGAGACCCCAGUUCCCGCGCUCGCCGUCGCGGCCGACUACAGAACCGCCUAGUCGACGCUCGUUCGACGUCGAGAGACCUCCUGCACCUGUCGCUACCACCCCUGCCCUGCGCGAUGCGAAUGACGGAUUUUCGUCGCGCAGGCGGCCCGAGUCUACCCGGGAGGGGCCACCGCCGCCGGUGCAGCGGGAGACGAUGUCCAGCGUGCCGUUCUCGACUCAGCGAUCUUACCAGGAGAUUCCUAUUGAACGGCCCGGUCUGCCUCCUCGACAUCCGUCGGUGGCGCGACGAGUGGCUCGAUCCCCGUCUCGGCCAGCACACGGUUUAGAUAGCCCGGCCCUGCCUUCGUCCUACCCCGGUCGGCAAGACCUGCGUCAGAGUCAGGCUGAGGCACAGACACCGCGAACUAUCCAGAGGCAGCCCUCGAUUCCCCGCGAGACCAAACCGCCCCCCAUCCCGGCUAUGCCUCCUACUCCGGCUGUCCCCGCUACGCCGGCUGUUCCGGUGCGCCCAAUGCCCGCUUCCACCGAAGAGGACCGCACGAUCUACGACCCUUCGGAUGAGCCGGCAGUGUCGCGAACGGAUUACCCGGAUGCCUCGGUGGCGAAUCGGCGGCCGCCGCUGUUGAAGAGUGGUCCCCAGGAGAUUAACACCCGGUACGAUACUCGGCUGAUGGAUGUGUGCGGUAAGCACGUGUGCACUACCGGGUACCUGACACGGGUCUGGGAUCUGACAACCGGCGAGCAAAUCAUGAGCUUGAGUCAUGGCGAGACCGUCAAAUGUCUCUCUCUGGCGUUCAAGCCCGGUAAUAGUCUCGAGGAUGAAGGGAAGCGGCUUUGGCUGGGAACGAACGGCGGCGAACUGCUCGAAGUCGAUAUCGCCACGCAGUCAGUGGUGUCGUCGCGCGCUUAUCCCUCGCGCCGGGAGAUCAUCAAGAUCCUGCGCCAUAAGAAAAACAUGUGGACCCUCGACGACGAAGGUCGCCUGCUCGUGUGGCCUCCUGACGAGACCGGAACCCCUAACCUUAAUUACAGCUACCACAAUCCCUACGACCGAGUCGCCAAGGGGCACACUUUCUCGCUGGUUGUGGGAGACACUCUCUGGCUGGCCACCGGCAGAGAAGUGCAAGUUUAUCGACCGAAUGCGCGUGAUGACGUCACAUUCAAGGUCCUGAAGAAGCCGCUCGGCUCGCAGCAUACAGGAGACGUGACGUCCGGCGCGUAUACCACCAAGGAUGGCGGCCGGGUAUACCUGGGACAUGCAGACGGCAAGGUGACGGUGUACUCGGCGCACGACUAUUCCUGCCUGGCGGUUAUCAACGUCAGCGUUUACAAGAUCAACUGCCUGGGCAUCGUUGGCGACUAUCUCUGGGCGGGGUACAAGACCGGAAUGAUCUAUGUCUACGACACGAGGACCAAUCCGUGGGUGGUGAUGAAGGAUUGGCGCGCACACGAUAGCCCCGUAUCGAACUUCUUGCUUGAUACGAGCAGCGUGUGGACUAUGAAUCGACUGCAGGUGACGUCGCUAGGGACGGACAAUAGUAUUCGUCUGUGGGACGGCAUGCUGGAGGAUGAUUGGCUAGAAACUCGAAUGCAAAAACGGGACGUGGAAUUCUGCACGUUCCGCGAGAUUCACGCGGCCAUCGUGACUUGGAACGCCGGUGCCUCGACCCCCGGCAGCGUGCGUGCAUCCCAAUUCAUCGCCGACGCGAUCCAUCCGGAAAACCCGCCGGAGAUCAUCGUUUUUGGAUUCCAGGAACUGGUGGAUCUGGAAAAUAAGAAAAUCACAGCUAAGAGUCUACUCCUCGGAAGCAAGAAGAAAGAAAGCGGCGAGAAGGAACAUAUGAGUCGACAGUAUCGAGUCUGGAUGGAACACCUCACCCGUUGUAUCAACGACUGCAUGCCCUUGGAAGAGUCGUACGUUCUCUUGCAUAGCGCCAAUAUGAUCGGGCUGUUCACGUGCGUCUUCGUGAAACACAAGGAACGACAACGCAUCAAAAACGUCAGCGCUUCCGAAGUGAAGCGAGGUAUGGGAGGGUUGCAUGGGAAUAAGGGCGCCCUGAUUCUUCGGUUCGUGCUUGACGAUAGUUCCAUGUGUUUCGUGAACUGCCAUUUGGCCGCCGGACAGACGCAGACCGCACAUCGCAACAACGACAUCGCCGGGAUCUUGGAGGCUGAGUGCCUCCCCAUGGAAUCCAGUCUCGCCACGCGGGCCAACCAUUUCAUCAGCGGUGGAGACGGCUCCAUGAUCAUGGACCACGAGAUCUGUCUACUCAACGGCGACCUCAACUACCGCAUCGACUCCAUUCCUCGACACGUGAUCAUCGACGCCGUCCGGCAGAACAACCUCACGAAACUGCUUGAUCGCGACCAGCUGCUGGCCUCACGACGCAAGAACCCGGGCUUCCGACUGCGGUCCUUCAACGAGGCCCCUAUCACCUUCGCGCCGACGUACAAGUACGACGUGGGGACGGACGACUACGACUCCAGCGACAAGAAGCGGUCUCCGGCGUGGUGCGACCGUGUGCUAUACCGCGGCCUGGGACGAGUCAAGCAGCUUGAGUACCGACGUCACGAGGUGCGCGCGUCCGAUCACCGACCUGUCAGCGCUUCUUUCAAGUUGCGCGUCAAGACUGUCCGACCGCCUGAGCGGGCUGUCGCUUGGGAAAGCUGCCAGCAGGAGUUCCAGAAGGAAAAGCGACGAUUGGCUUCUGAGGCGAGUAUCGAAUACCUAAUCAGCGUCCUCGGAACCGAUCCGCAGCAAGCCCAGACCUUGAUUCUCGGCGGAAAAUGCUGA